UUCGUGCUACAAAGUGGUGAAAAUGCAUUGCAGUAAUGUUUUGAUAAUUUGCGGAACCUUUAUUUUUUUGGCUAAGGGCGAAUACGUCGUGGAGUUCACCGACUACGGUGGUGACUGUGAAAAUGGAAAGCCCAUGCCGAACGUGGACUUUUCCGACCUCGAAACCGUGGAGGAUGAAGACGGGAAUGGCUUCCUGACCGGGAAGAUUGUGUUCAAAAGCGAGUACAACGACCCGAUUGAGUUAAAAGUGUACACGGAACGUCAAAAGCAGGGCGCUUGGACCGCCGGUGAAAUCUCGCGAGAUGUGUUGAACAUGUGUCCGCUGCUGACGGCCCCCUCGGAACCGUGGCACCUCUUUACCUCGGCCAUGAAGCAUCAGGAGUGUCCCUUUCCGGCAAAUCACGAGGAAACGUUCAACAUGCUGCCCCUGGGGGACAUCAACAUGCAGUUCCCGGACACGUUUGCCGGCAACUGGCGCCUGUUUGCCGAGGUCACCACCCCGCGGGAAGGCGUCAAGGUGACCGAGUGCAUGCGGAUUGGGUUUUUGAUUAAAGAAACUUGAUACGGGUGUGGUGAGUACCAGAGCAUGCAUGGUAGCAAUAAAAAUAUUUUAAAAGAAAAA